AUGGCCGACUAUAGCGGAAUCCCUAAAGGAGCUACUCUCCAGCCUACGCCCUUCGUAGCCAAGGUUUCGGAGGAGAAAUUACAGCUAUGCAAGGAUCUCAUUCGAUUGUCUCCAGUCGGGCCGGAAACAUAUUCUAAUACCAUCACUGAUCGUUCAGAUGGCAUGCGUAGAGACUGGCUCGCCAAUGCCAAAAAGAUCUGGGAGACUAACUACGAUUGGCGAAAGACCGAAGCAAGAAUCAAUGCCUUUCCGAACUUCUCCGUCACCAUUCCGGACGAAGAUGGUGAUGACAUUGAUCUACAUUUCAUAGCUCUCUUUUCGCGGAAACAAGACGCUGUGCCAAUCUCGAUGAGUCACGGCUGGCCCGGUAGCUUCCUCGAAUUCUUCCCGCUGCUGGAUGUUUUAACAGAGAAGUACUCUCUAGAAGACCUGCCUUUCUAUAUAGUCGUGCCAAGUCUUCCUAGUUACACAUACAGUAGCGUCCUAACAACGAAAGAGUAUACUGUUCUAAAAGUAGCUACCCUCUUCGACAAGCUAAUACGUAGGCUUAGUUUCGCUAGCUAUAUCGCUUAUAGUAGAGAUAUAGGCAGUAGUAUCACUUUUGUACAAGGCCUAGCUAGUGCUACAUAUAAGGCUAUAUAUAUUAAUAACAUCUUUAUAGCCCCGCUAGACGACGCCGAUAAGCUGCCCUUAGACGAGGUAGAAGCUAUAGCGAAAGCGCGCGCCGAUAAGAGCAAUCUAACUUGUUUCUUAUAUACUAGCGAGUAUAUAAUACGCCUAGGGACAAUUAGUCUCGCUCUUUAA